CUACUCCAAUGGAGCCUCGUUAAGCGCGCAUCAGGAUCCCGUUAGAUGAAGUCGAACCAAGUCCAUCUGUUACCAGUUGACUGAACCGCCUCUCAAUUGCCCUUGAUCAAUCACGGUUUGAAACGUCCCCGUCGUACGGACAUCUUCCUGCACCAUACGAUGGACUCUGGCACUCUGCGACGUUCCCGGGAGUUCUGGUUAGAGGAGGGCGAUGUCGUCCUCAAGGCAGAAUCCACUCUAUUUCGCGUCACCCGUGGCAUUCUCGUCUACCACUCUCCAGUUCUACUCCAGAUGAUUCUGCAGGGCAGCCCCGAUGCCGCGUCCGAAACGGUGAUUAGUGGCUGCAGAGUCAUUAAGGUGGACGAUUCUGCCGUGGAUUGGCGCCAUUUUUUGAAAGCCAUACAUGAUCCUUCGUACUACGACCCAAGCAGGGAAACCUCCUUUGCUACCAUCGCGGGCAUCCUGCGUCUGAGCACCAAAUACCAAGUGCAGACAUUGCAGAAAACCGCGGUGGAACAUCUCCAGCGUAUCUUUCCGACAACUAUCGACGAGUGGGACCGACGUGCAGAUAGUGACACCAUACAAAAAUUCAAAGGUCGAACGAUAGCGAUUAUUAACCUCGCGCAAGAAACGAAUCACCAAAUUUUGCUGCCUUCGGCUAUGGCGUACUCGUGGGCGAUCGGUCUUGACGGCCUUCUUGACGGCCUUCCGUCAUAUGACGGCAGCCAUGUGGAAUUGGAUUGGGAUACAAAGCGGAAAUGCAUUCGUGCUCGAGAUAAGCUCAUGCAGGCGGUACGAGGAAGACUACUGAAUUUCAUACUAGGCAAGGGGGCGGGGAGGUGCGUCACCAAGGCCAAGUGCGACGAGGGAAGAUUGUUGUCGCUGAGGAUAUGGGAAAAGUUCUUCGAAGAGUCAGUGAUACCGACACCAUUCCGAUUCAUGGUGAAUUGGACAGAUCUGUCGACAAGGCUCUGUGAGCAUUGCAUCGCUGAUGGGAUGAACAACUUCUUGACGGCGAGGUGGCUGCUGUGGGAUGAGCUGCCUUCGUACUUUGAUCUCCCUAGCUGGGAUGUUUUACGGCGAAGAGAAGAAGACGAUUGA